UUAUAUUGUUUUAAAUUAUUAUGGAAAAAAUUAAUGUAAAUAAAAUAUAUGAAAUAUAAGUUCUGUAAGGUUGGAAAAUUGUUGUUCAUAUUAUAUUUGUACCAUUGUACAAUAUUUGAACAAGACAACAUGUUUACUGAUAAAUCAUUUGAACCUGUAGGCUUUGAACCUCAAAUAUCGAACGAGAAAACUCAAAAAGCAGCAAAUAUUCAAACUGAAAAUGUAGUUUAUGAAUCCGAAGAAGUUCAAGUUAUAGAAACAAAAAAUAUUGAGACGCAGACAGUGAAUAAAACUGUUAAAGUCCCUCAGUACAAUUAUGACAAAUUAGCAACAUUUUUAAAACGAGUAACACCUGGUGUAAUGCAGUUUUUAGAUGAACAAUAUGGAAGUAGUGCUUUCAAUGAUUAUAAUUUAAGUGGGACAGGAGAACCUUGUACCAAUAUUCAUUUAGUUAAUAGGUUAAAUAAUUUAGUAAUGUCUGAUUUCAAGGAAAAAAUAAGUGAUGUUACUUGGAGUGCUGGUGGUGGAACUUUAGCAGUUUCACAUAGUGCUACUUAUCAUGUAACGUGGUGUGAUGACUUAACAAAAAUUGAAUUUUAUAAUCUUUCAAAAGAUGAUCAGUUAAUUUCUACACCAUGUAAGACUCUAGAAGUUCCAUCUUGUGUGACAUCUUUAGUUUAUCAUCCUGAAGAACCUUCAAUUAUUGUAGCUGGCUUAUUUAAUGGUGAUGUUUUGGUAUGGAAUCUCAGAGAUGAAUCUUCAGUUACUCCUUUGCAAGUUUGUGUACAUGGUGAUUUGGUGUCACAAGUACAGUGGCACCUCAAAAUUUUUAAUGGUUUUUCUAGUCUAAUAACAUCCAGUGCAGAAGGAUAUAUUUUCAUUCACAAACUUACAGUUAAUUUUACACAAUCAACAUUAAGCAAGCAAUAUAAAAUAGCCAAGGAAAUGGCUAGACCACAAAGUGCAAGUGGAAGUAGAGAACGAGCGUCAGAAGCUGGACUUCCAAUUACAUGUUUUGACUUCUCAUCAAAGGAUCAUUCAUUAUUGGUUGUUGGUACUUUAUGUGGUGGACUCUAUAAAUGUAGAAUUGAUAAUGAUAUAUCUAUUCAAGGCGAUGAAAAUAUCUUUGAUCCAGUUGUAGACGAAUAUGACAGACAUAAAGGUAGUGUAACAUGUGUUAAAAGUGCUCCAAUUCAAAAUCUUUUUGUCUCUUGUGCAUCUGAUAAGGAAAUACGCAUUUACAAUUUUGAUCAGCCUGCAAGUUUAAAGGUCAUUAUUGUAGAGAAUACGGUUGUACAAUUAACAUGGCACUUUGGUAAUCAAAACAUUUUUUUGGCUUACGGUGCAGGGUCAGAGGUCAAAUUUUUUAACGUUAAUAAUGGCCGCCCAUUGACAAAAAUGAUGCUUUAUUCUGAAAGUAGAGAAAAUACUAGUUGCUUAAAUUUUAAUCCCAAAAGAGAAAUGGUAGCUAUUGGAGACACUCGAGGGAAUUUGGAAAUCUGGAAAAUACCAAGAAAUUUAAUUCCAUAAUUAUGAUUAAAUAAAAGCAAAAUUAAAAAUUGAUAUUUU